AUGCAAGACAAUCUACUUUCCAGAGAUCAACCAGAUGAUCCAUUCUUGAACUGCUCCAUAUUCGAUGGUGCCUCAACCGCUAAUUUCAUCUUUCUGGUGUUGAUAUCGCUAGGGAUAUUGAUUAGUUAUCUCCCUCAGUAUAAACGAAUCUAUGACAAGAGAACCUCUGAAGGGCUUUCAACUGAUUUCCUAUUGCUUGGAUCAAGCUCAUCCUUAUUCACACUUACAAAUAUCAUUUUGGUAAGCUCACGGGCAAGAGAGUGUUGCUAUAGUGGAGCUUUGAGUACGUUCAAUUGCAUUAGCUCCCAACUAAAUCUAUUUCAAAUUUCCAUCCAAUGUGUGUGUGCCAUUCUAAUCUUGGUGUUUGUGCUUGUGAUUACGAGAAACUCCAUCAAACAGGACAAACAUGAAUACAAGAGGAUAGUUAGGGUAGGAAAGAUUGUUCUUUUUCAUGCGUUUUUAUCAGUUAUACAAAUUAUUAUUGGGUAUCUCAACUCCACUUCCGUUUUGUUCUCCAUUGCCAAUGUCAAUGGAUUGCUUUCAGCUGCGUUGACUGUUGUCAAAUAUGUGCCGCAGAUUUACACCACGUAUAAUUUAAAACAUCCAGGAACGUUGUCAAUUGGUAUGAUGUGUAUACAAACCCCUGGUGGGUUUGUCUUUGCCGCCACACUUAUAUUCACCAAAGGAUCGCAUUGGAGCUCAUGGGUCAGUUAUUUAGUUGCUGCUUGCUUGCAAGGUACACUUUUAUCACUCUGUAUUUAUUACGAGUAUAUUGUGGGGAACGAAACUGCGGAGGAACUAGAGAGGGGGGAAGUAGAACGAAUUGAGGCGGAAAACAGACAAGAGACAGAUGCUUCAGAAGAGAACGGACUUCUUGAGCAGCAGUAA